AUGAGUAACCUGCGCCUACAGAAGCGGUUAGCAUCCGCUGUAUUGAAAUGUGGCCGCAACAAAGUGUGGCUUGAUCCAAAUGAAACCAGCGAAAUUGCCAAUGCAAAUUCUAGGCAAAACAUCCGUAAGCUGGUAAAGGAUGGUCUGAUCAUCCGUAAACCUGUCCGAGUUCAUUCUCGGGCUCGUGUCAGGAAGAACAAAAUUGCCAGGAGAAAAGGGCGUCACAUGGGACCUGGUAAAAGGAAGGGAACAGCCAAUGCUCGAAUGCCACAAAAGAAGUACAGAGAAUCAAAGAAAAUUGAUAAACAUCUCUACCAUGAUCUUUACCUGAAAUGCAAAGGUAACAUCUUCAAAAACAAGCGUGUCUUGAUGGAACAUAUUCACAAGAAGAAGGCCGAGAAGCAGAGAACUAAACUGCUCAGUGACCAAGCUGAAGCUCGCAGGACAAAGGUCAAGGAAGCUCGUAAGAGGCGUGAAGAGCGUAUUGCUCAGAAGAAGGCUGAUUUACUCAAAUCUUACCGUGAUGAGGAUGCCCAGAAAAAGUAA